GUUUCCUGCUCAGAGAAAUGGGCGCGUGGACAAUUCACAGCUUGGCGGGAGGCGCAAGCUCGGAGAAGCCAGCGAGCCGAGCGCGCGCAACUGGCGCGGGGUUUACGUGCAGGAUGCCAGCGCCGCUCUGGUCCCUGGAACUCCCGCCAGCCCGGUGUCCCCGCAUGCCCACAAGCCCCCACGCGCCCGCCCCCUCCCGUACGGGCCGCCCGGAGCGUCUGGACUCCACCCCUCCCCCCUCGGCCAAUAAGAGGCGCCCCAGUAGCGCGCGGCCCCUGGAGCAGCGCUGUGCGCGGUGGUCGCGCCCGAGGCUGCGCCAGUGCGCCAGCCAGGCCCCCAGGGAGGGAUGGAUCCCCGGCCGCCGCGGCGGCGGCGCAGUUGCUGCCCGCUGGUCUCCGUCUUCCUGCGCGACCCAAGCUCGGGGCGCGUGUACAGGCGCGGGAAGCUGAUCGGCAAGGGCGCCUUCAGCCGCUGCUACAAGCUGACCGACAUGUCCACCAGCGCUGUGUUCGCGCUCAAAGUGGUGCCUCGCGGAGGGGGCGGGGCUGCGCGGCUACACGCCCGCGGCAAGGUGGAACGCGAGAUCGCUCUGCACAGCCGCCUGCGACAUCGCAAUAUCGUGGCCUUCCACGCCCACUUCGCUGACCGGGACCACGUAUACAUGGUGUUGGAAUACUGCAGUCGCCAGUCGCUGGCCCACGUGCUGCAGGCACGGCAGACGCUGACGGAGCCCGAAGUGCGCUACUAUCUUCGAGGCCUGGUCCGCGGCCUGAGCUACCUGCACCAGCGGCGCAUCGUCCACCGGGACCUGAAGCUCAGUAACUUCUUCCUGAACAAGAACAUGGAGGUGAAGAUCGGAGACCUGGGGCUGGCCACCAAGAUAGGGCCAGGGGGCCGCUGCCACAGAGUGCUCUGCGGGACCCCAAACUUCCUGGCUCCGGAGGUAGUGUCCAGAAACGGACAUUCCUGCCAGUCGGACAUCUGGGCUCUGGGCUGCAUCAUGUACAUGGUGCUGACUGGCGUCCCUCCCUUCGUGGCGGCUCCCCUGUCGGAGAUGUACCAGAACAUCCGAGAUGGCCACUACCCUGAGCCUGCACACCUGUCUGCCAACGCGCGCCGCCUCAUCGCCCGCCUGCUGGCCCCCAACCCGGCCGAACGGCCCAGCCUGGACCACCUGCUGCAGGAUGACUUUUUCACUCAGGGCUUCACCCCGGACCGGCUGCCACCCCACUGCUGCCACAGCCCGCCCAUCUUCGCCAUCCCCCAGCCUCUGGGCAGACUUUUCCGAAAGGUGGGCCGGCUGCUACUGCCCCAAUGCCGGGCACCCUGCCCCUUGGCUUCUCAGGAGGCCUCAGGUCCUGGAGAAGAUGGUUCAGACCCUGACUCCAUGGAGUGGGGCAGUGAGGACUCCCUGUUGGAGAGUGGGGCUCUGUGCCCCCGAGGUCCCCAUCCAGCUGCUGGCCCAGGGGACCCUCCAGAGUGCCCCGGCAGGACCCCAGGGGAGUCCAAGGCAGGGGGUAGAGGAAGCCAUCAGGAACCUGCAGCUCUGCCUGGAUUCGGGCCCCCCAGGUAGGGGCGGCACAAGAUAACGUGAGAUUUGCUGAGAAGCCCAGAAGACAGACUUCUGGCUUCCCCAGCCCGCCCCCUGGGCUGCUGGAUUUCCCUAGGCUCCCCAUUCCCGCCUUUUUCCUCUUCCAAGGAUUCCAUCCGGGCUGCCACAAGGGCUUGAGCUAUUUUAUUUUUAAUACCAAAAAAAAAAAAAAAAAUGCUUAAUGAAAUAAAGCAAAGCCCUGCAGUGUUUUGGACCUUA